AGACUCUCAGCUUUGAGAAGAAGCAACGCCUUGGAGACCAUGGUAGCUAAGGAAGAAGAUUUCACUGGAAAUCUGAAACAGCAGCUCGUGAAGCUCUUUGAUGCGUCUCUGAAAUUAACGGUUCCAGAUGAACCUAGUGUUAAGCCUUUGGUUGUGGUUGGAAAAUUCGAAGAUUACCAAUGUAACAAUGCAAUGGGACUAUGGUCCAAAGUUAAAGGAAAGGGUACUCAAUUCACUCGUCCUUUAGCUGUUGCAGAGGCCCUUGUUACAAAUCUCCCUACUUGUGAUAUGGUGGAAUCAUGCUCUGUUGCACAACCUGGAUAUGUUAAUGUUGUACUAUCAGCUCAAUGGAUGGCUAAAAGUAUUGAAAAUAUGCUUAUCAAUGGGAUUGAGACAUGGGCGCCUACUCUUUCAGUUAAGAGAGCUGUAGUUGAUUUUUCCUCUCCAAAUAUUGCAAAGAAAAUGCAUGUUGGUCAUUUAAGAUCAACUAUCAUCGGUGACACCAUAGCUCGUAUGCUCGAGUACUCUAAUGUUGAAGUUCUACGCAGAAACCAUGUUGGUGACUGGGGAACACAGUUUGGCAUGUUAAUUGAGUACCUCUUUGAGAAAUUUCCUGAUUCAAAUAGUGCGAUGGAGACAGCAAUUGAAGAUAUUCAGUCGUUAUACAAGCCAUCAAAAACGAAAUUUGAUGCAGAUUUAGACUUUAAGCGAAAGGCACAACAGGCCGUGGUCCGUCUACAGGGUGGAGAUCCUGUAUACCACAAGACUUGGGAAAAACUUUGUGAAAUCAGCCGAGCCGAUUAUGCCGAGAUUUAUCAACGCCUUCGAGUUGAGCUUGAAGAGAAGGGAGAAAGCUUUUACAAACCUUAUAUUGCUAACAUGAUUGAGGAAUUGAAUAGCAAGGGUUUGGUUGAAGAAAGUGAUGGUGCCCGUGUGAUGUUCAUCAAAGACUUCAAGAAUCCAUGCAUGCUUGUUAAGAGUGAUGGUGGUUUUACCUAUGACACAACAGAUCUUGCUGCUCUUUGGUAUCGGCUUAAUGAAGAGAAAGCUGAGUGGAUUAUUUAUGUGACAGAUGCUGGCCAGCAGGAGCAUUUUGAUAGGUUCUUCAAAGCUGCUAGACAAGUAGGUUGGCUUCCAGACAAUGAUGAAACUUACCCUAGAGUUAGCCAUGUUAAGUUUGGUGUAGUCAAGGGGGAAGAUGGCAAGCGGUUUAGAAAUCGCGAUAGAGAAAUAGUCCCUCUAGCUGAUUUGCUAGAUGAGGCCAAGACUCGCAGUAAAGCUGCCCUUAUUGAGCGUGCUUUAGCUAAGGAAAAAGAAUGGACACCCGAGGAGCUGGACCAAACAGCUGAGGCAAUUGGAUAUGGUGCGGUGAAGUAUGCUGACUUGAUGAACAACAUAUCUACAGAUUAUAAGUUCAGCUACGAUAAAAUGCUUAAUGACAAGGGAAAUACAGCUGUGUACCUUCUUUACGCUCAUGCUCGGAUCUGCUCAAUCAUCAAGAAGUCUGGCAAAGACAUAGAUGAGCUUAAAAAGACUGGAAAGUUAACAUUGGACCAUGCUAAUGAAAGAGCACUUGGACUUCACUUGCUUCAAUUUGCUGAGACGGUUGAGGAAGCAUGCACCAAAUUGUUACCGCACAUACUGUGCGAGUACCUCUACGAUUUAUCUGAACACUAUACGAAAUUCUACUCCAAUUGUCAGGUCAAUGGUUCAGCAGAGGAGACAAGCCGUCUCCUACUUUGUGAAGCAACAGCAAUAGUCAUGCGGAAAUGCUUCCACCUUCUUGGAAUCACUCCUGUUUACAAGAUUUGAUACAUCAUAUCACUUUCUUUAUCCCGGGAUUCGCUCUGUUUUCAUUCUGUUUGGGUAACCUGUAGAUAAAAAUGUGAUACCCAGAAGGUUGUUCUCUCUCAUGUCAGUGUACUGAUUAUGGUGAAUCAUGAAAGGGUUUAAAGGUUAAUCAAAGUAUUAUCUUUAA